AUGUCAAAUAUGAAUAAUAAUUCAGGUUCUAAUUCUCAGAAUAUCUCAAACCCAAGUAGGACACAAGUAGAAGAGAAUAAUGUAUUACGUUUAAAAUCAAGUGAAGAUAAAUCAAAGCUGGAAGAUAAAGAUAAAAAGAAGAAGAAAGCGAAAUCAAGUGUUAGAUGGACUGAAGAUGUAAUUGAUAAUGAAAAUAUGAAUAAAAAAAAGACUAAAAUUUGUUGUAUUUUCCAUCCACAAAGAUCAUUUGAUGAAGAAUGUGAUGAUGAAAGUAAUAAUCAUCCUGAAAGUUCAAGUGAUGAAAGUUCUGAUGCAAGUGAAGAUGAUGAACCAAAUAAUAAGGAAGAGAAAAAGCCUAAUGCUUAUGAAUUCCAACCAGAUUAUCACAAGUCUAACCCGACUCCAAAACCGAAUUAA